ACUUCUUUUCAACAAGAACAAGCGUCUAUGUUGAAUCUGGAGUAGCAAUUUAUUUGAAGUGGCCACUUAAGAAGCAUCUGACCGAAAUUAGUUCCCAAAAAUUAAAUCUUCACGCGUUAAUUCUGGAAAG